AUGAGUAAAGUAGCUUCCAUGGGGCAUGGAUAUACGGGACCUUCCUACCAUCAAGUUUGUGUAAAUUUAUUGAAAGAUGCUAAGCAAUCUGUGAAACUUAUAAUUGAUUCUUAUAGAGAGCAAUGGGCCGAAAAAUGUUGCACUAUAAUGAGUGAUGGAUGGAGAGACAUUAGACAAAGAGCUCUAAUUAAUUUUUUGGUUUAUUGUCCAAUGAGAAUUUUAUUCAUCAAAUCUGUUGAUGCUUCUGAUAUUGAGAGCAACGCUGAAAGUUUAUGCAAAUUGUUUAGUGAAAUUGUUGAGAUUGCUGGUUCCAAGAAUAUUUUUCACUUGGUCACUGAUAAUGCUGCAAAUUACAAAGUUGCGGGAAGAUUAUUAUGUGAUAUAUAUCCAAUGAUUUCUUGGUCUCCUUGUGCAGCUCACUGUAUAAAUUUGAUCUUGAAGGAUGUUUCAAAACUGGAAGAUGUGUCUACUUUGAUACAACUUGCAUCACGAAUUACAGUUUUUAUCUACAACCAUAAGUGGCCUCUAAAUUGGUUGAGAAAAAGACUCGGUUGCAAAGAAAUUAUCCGUCCUAGGGCCACCCGAUUUGGCACAUCAUUCAUUGCAUUGAAGAGUUUACAUGAUCAUAAGCAUGAUUUGCACGCUUUAGUAACCUCUAUUGAUUUCAAGAAGAUGUUUAAAGUGACUGAAUCUAGCGAUGUGAAACAAACUAUCUUAGAUGAGAAGUUUUGGGAUAAUUGUUUUAUAACGGUUCAGGUGACGAGUCCUAUCUUGAGACUUUUACGUUUCUGUGAUUCCGAUGAAAAGCAUUCAUUAGGUUACGUUUAUGAAGGCCAAGAAUUCAACGAAGAGGAUAAUGUGGUUCAAGUUGAUGAUGUUAUUAAUGUUGGUGAUGGCGAUUUUGAUGAUGAUGAUUCGGAUUCGCUAGAUGAUUGGUAG